AUGCACCGGUGUCAAUGUUUCAUGCUCCUGCUGGCUACAGGCACCCUCCUGUUGAUGCUGAAGCAAAGCGAGGUGAUGCCGCCAGGUUUGGACGAUCUUACGGAACAACUUCAAAUGUUGACCUCAAGGGAUGGCGGCGGCGGCAAGGCGGCCCUGCCCGAGGCGCCCGAGGCGCCCGAGGCACCAGAAAAAAAACAAUCCCAAGUGGAACCUGCUGAUCAAGAGGUGGUUGAAGUGACAACAACACCACCUCAAUCACCCGAGCCAGGCUCCGAGCCGUUGGCCGCGCGACUGCAGCGCCACGCUGGGGUGUACCGAGACAAGAGCCACGCGCCGGAGUUGAAGAAUGUGUUGCUGCUGACUGCGGCCAACUCUGGGUACCUGGAAAUGCUGACCAAUUGGGAAUGCAUUGCACAGAGAUUGGGCUUGGACUGGAUGGUGAUCGCCAUCGACAGCGAGCUCCAACAGCACCUGGGCGAACGAAGUUUUUCGGCCACGGGAAAGGAAUGGCAGAAGGCCGAGGGCUUCUUCUCCAAGGGCGGCUUCCAGUUGAUCGCGUGCAACAAGAUUCGCUCCGUGGCAGAGGUCUUGAGAAGCACCAAUCUGGACAUCGUUUUUUCGGAUGGUGAUAACGUCUUCAAGAGCGAUCCGUUCUUGCCAACUCUGACGCUGGGUAGCAUGAUCCGCUCAGGGAAGUAUGAGUACAUCUAUGGCCGCAAGAUAGAGCCUGGAAACCAAAAGAUUCAGAAUUUCAAGCCCGAAAUCUGGCAUCAAGAACCCAACAAAGGGAACACGGGUUUCUACUACGUCGCUGGCGGACGGAAGCAGACCAUUGUGCAAAAGGUCUUCGACAAAGGUGUCGCAUGGUGCGACAGUCGGCCCCAUAUGGACGACCAGGAGAAUUUCUGGGAUGCUCUCUUCGAUUCGCGACGGAAGAAGAGGUCGGCCAAAGACUACGUCGCUUGCUUCCGGCACUGUGACAACAACGAGAGCUGCAGUGGAAUAGAGGAAUCCCAGGUCUUCAACUAUUGCGAUAUGAGUCCAUGGGAAUACAUCUUGGGAUGUUUCACGCCCGCGUCUGCCUUAGAAGAGCCUCGGAUGGUCGCCUACCAUGCCACCCAUGUGGUGGGCUGGGAGUCGAAGAGGAAGAAACUGCAACAGGUGAAGCUUUGGGCUUAUUGCAAUGAGACGGAGAUCGGCUCCGCUGCAUAG